AUGUCAAAUCCCACUAAAAGACUUCAUUCUGAUAGCUUUAAGGAGCAAUUGAAAGAUCUUAACGGUUUUAUUGAGAAAGAUAAUGAAUACAAGCAAUCUUUAAAAGAUAGAGUCGCUGUUAUGGAUGAAAGUUUACACGAGUCAACAGCAAUUGCACAGAAUAUCCACUCAAUCAAGCAAUCUGAAAUACCUCAAAGCAUAAUAAAGCCUAUGGAAAGUGGAUUGCUUCAGUACGCCAAAGAUUUCCAUCAACUUUGCUCUGAAAUUGAGCCUACAGAUUACACCAAAUAUGAGCAUAUCUGGAACAGAUCACUUCAAACCUUCAUUUACUUGAAUUUAUUAUCAAACUACCUUUCACAUGAUGACAUAAUUGAUUACUCUACAAUCAAGCUGAUGAUUAACAAUGACAACCACUUAUACGAUUACUUGUUCGCCCUGAUGCAGCUAGUAUCUGAAUUAACUCGCUUAACAGUAAACACCGUCAUCCUCAACGAAUUUGACCGUCCUAAGCGCAUAUCUGCUUUCAUCAAAGACGUCUACCAAGCCCUCUCACAACUCAACUUCAAGAAUGAUGCUUUGAGGAGGAAAUUUGAUGCACUCAAAUAUGAUAUCAAUAAGGUGGAAGGAGUUAUUUACGAUCUUACGCUUAGAAAUCUCAACUAA